CAAUACUUUCGCAAGCCACUGUAGAAGACAUACAAUGGCUACUCUGAAGGUUGCACUUGUUUUUAUUGUAUAGUCAUGCAAAAACAAAACUUUUUGGAUUGUGUUUUUUUGUUGAAACCUUAAGACUAAAAGUAUUGUCAUUGGUGCCAUUUGAAUGGCCUUUUCUAUCAGUAAUAGUAAUACCCCAAAAAAACAUUUCUAACAUGAUCUUUGACUCAAGUUUAUUAUGGAGUGUAAGAAAAACAGGAAAUAAAAAAUUGCAUUGAAAUUGGCAUAAAACACUUGACUGGACUCGAAACUCAAAAUUAGGGACUUGUGACUUGACUCGACCUGAGGUGUGGAACUGUACUUGAGACUUGCCCAUUAUUACUUGGGACUUGAAUCGAGACUUGAAGGUGAAGACUUGAGACUUGCUUAGGACUUGCAAAAUUGUGACUUGGUUCCAUCCCUGCUUCAUACUGGAUGCAGAGACAUAAAAAUGGUGUCCAUGAGUUAAUCUGACUCUGGGGAGUAGUUAAAGGUUAGUAUGGGGUGAGGGGAAGCUGAUCCUAGAUCUGUACUGGAAAACAUGCUCCACCAAACCCCUCAGAUCAGUCUCGUUAAAUAUGUGCUAUGGAAGUUUAGUUUAUAAUUGUUGUUCGCUUGAAUGUUGCCUCUAUUGUUCAUAUAUGAUGUCAUAUUAAUCAAUGUAUCUCACAGCCUUAGUUCUAGGCAAACAAUAUGCCUUUGUUCAUGAGUGUGGGGAGGCUUUACCCUUUCAGUACAGUGAGGUAAUUUAUGUAUCUUCUGUCCAUUUAGGGCACCCCUUUUGGCUCAAGAGCACCCCCAGAGACAAAGUUCCAUAUAGCCCCUUUUAAAUAAAUGGACUCGGAGACGGAUUCUCUGAUCCAGGAGACAAUCCGCAAUGCCUUUCAAGACUGCACCACCCUGACCAUAGCCCACCGGCUGCACACCGUACUCAACUGUGACCGCAUCAUGGUACUCAACCAGGGACAGGUGGUGGACUUUGAUGAGCCGUCCAACCUGCUGGCCAAUGAGAACUCUCGAUUCUGUUCCAUGCUGGCUGCCGUAGAGAACAAGAUCUCUGUGAAAGGCUAAAAUGGGUACAGGAGGCGCAGACAUGCCCUGGAGAUGAGGAGAGGGGAGGACGCUCCCACAAGGCUCCAGCCAUCCGACCUCUCCCUCCGUGGUCUCACCCUCCUCCUCUGCGUACCCACCCUGAGCUUACCGCUCGGCCUGUGGAGGGGUGCAGCAUCGGACCAUGGAAUUAGAAUUCUACGGUUGCAUCAUAUCCUUGGUAUAAGGCAAGAGCUGCCCUGAGGAGAUGCUUGCUCAGAAACCAUUUCAGCUGGAAUGGUCAGGGAACCACUGAUACUGUACUGUCGUUAGUAAUAUAUAACAAAUAAAGCUUUACAUGUAGCUAUAUUCAUAGCAUAACUGGUCUGUUUUAUAGAAUUCAUAUAUACAUAUAUUUACAGUGGUAAAAUAUGCUUUAUUUUCUACUGACUGUAUGUACAAUACAGCCCCUUUGCACUGAUGGUGAAGUUACAGCGGCUCGCCAGUGCCAUCUGCUGGUGGGGAGGGGAGGUCCUGCGACUGUUCUACAUAAAUUAUUAUUAUGGCAACGAAAAAGAUGCCUGUGAUUUAAACAAGAUUGCAUUCUCUUUGCCCUGACCCAGUGAAUCUUUGUUAUGUGUGUGUGUAAAUGUGUGUUGUCAGUCCACUCAUUGACACUGUUUGGACCAGAACCAACAGAUUAUAAAACACCUGCACUGGGUGUAGUAGGGAACCUCUGUAUCCUGUCUUUGCAGGGUUGAGGUGAUGCUCAAAUACUGCAAUUACGAAUAACCUCGGCAAGCCUUGCAGAAUGUGUGUGUCGUUCGGUCAUUUCUAUUACUUUUUAUAGCCUUAGCAUGACUUCAUUAAUGCCUUGUUAACAGGGUAGGAUGAAGUGGAAAGGGAUCGCUUU